CGCAGCUUCGUGUCACAGCUCUCACCCUAUUCCCAUCUAUGGUGGCACUGCUGCGCUAACUGUCACUUGUCUUUUCUCUCCUUCGCUCUCUCCUCGUCCGUCCCGCUCCCCCCAGGGUGUUCUCUACACCACGCCGGUCAUCAGAGAGCACGGCAACAUCUACAAACCCAACAACAAGACCAUGGCAGAUGAUUUCCUGACUGAGACUGAAGUCCGCGACUCGCACACCAAGGAGAUCGAUCUGGUCAACAGGGACCCCAAGCACCUCAAUGACGAUGUGGUUAAGAUCGAUUUUGAAGACGUGAUUGCUGAACCAGAUGGGACACAUAGCUUCGAUGGCAUCUGGAAAACAAGCUUCACUACAUUCACUGUCACAAAGUACUGGUUCUAUCGGCUGCUGUCUGCUAUCUUUGGCAUCCCAUUGUCACUUAUCUGGGGCAUCUUCUUUGCCAUCCUCUCCUUCCUGCACAUCUGGGCAGUGGUGCCAUGCAUACGAAGCUACUUGAUUGAGAUUCAAUUUCUUAGCCGGGUCUAUUCCAUCGGUGUCCACACCUUAUUUGACCCGUGGUUUGAAGCCAUGGGCAAAAUGCUCAGUUUUAUUAAGAUUUCCUUGCAAAGAAGUGUAGGUGACUAUUACUGA